GGAUUCCGUGGGUUUUCAGCGUCGGUUUCGUGACCUCGCAUUUUCAUUUCCUUUCCUUUCUGUGUGAAGUACGUGUGGAAACUUCCAUCGUACGAAACAGAUUUUCCAGUAAGCCUUUUCCAGGCUUUUUUAACUUACCGACUCCAGUUUAAAGUUUCUCCCCGAAGACUAUUUAAAAUGGCUGGAAUCAACAAAAAGAUCAUCCUGAAGAAUUCCACCCAGAUGUCUUUACAUGAACGUUUCACGUACCUGCGUCAUCAACCAACUCGGCAAGAGGGAACAGUUCAGACGGUGCGGGCCAACCUUGCUCUACAACAACAAGCAUCAGCUCGGAACCGAAGACUAGCUGCUCAGAUGGAACGUCGCCCUGCAGUGAUGGCAGCUCUCAAGAUUAAACAGAAAACUCUGCGUCAGCGCCUUGGUGUGGCCAGACCAACUUUGUCUGAUCGUUUGUCUGUUAGGCCUGUGGGUCAAAUGCGGUCUCAGUCAGUGCCACGUUCGCCGAGAGCGCGCCUCUCUGUGGGUAUCAGGGGAAGACUCUAUAGGCCUCAGGCCCAAUUUUCUCCCAUUCGUCAGAUCAGAGCUCCCGUGCCGGUUGUGCGCCAGCAACGAGGUACUUUGUCUCGCAGUGCAAGUCUUGGAAACUUGAGUCGCAGUCAGAGUACUGGAAAUUUAAAUACAGCUGGCCGUUUCCAGAAUCAAAUUCAAAAUCGCACCUAUCAGAACUCCAACAGAUUUAAUAUCAACAGAGUUAAUACCCAGUUCAGACCACAACGAGGCAUGAGAGGAAACAGGGGCAGAGGAUUCAAUGUUCAGCGAACUUUUAGGGGUGGAAGAGGUCAAGUUCAAGUACAAGGUCAACGCAGAGGACAAUUCAUCCAGCAAAGAGGACAGCAACGUGGUGGCCGUGGUACCUUCAGGCGAGGUGGUCAGGCCAUCAGAGGAGUCCAAGGAAUGCGGAGAGGUGCAGUUGGACCAGUGGCACGCGGCCGUGGACGAGGCGGCAGGGGACGUGGCCGAGGAGCGCGCCAAGCACCACCCAGCCGAGAGGAACUCGACCAGCAGCUAGACCAGUACAUGGCCAGCACCAAAUCAACGCUUGACAAGGAAUUGGACAGCUACAUGAACCAAGGGAAUGAAAUGAACUGAUCUGAAUUUAGACUGGACAAUACCUUUUUUUUUGUGUUUUAUUUUAAAGAGAACUUCUACUUUAACUUAAUAUUGUAUUUUACUGGAGGUGACUUAUUUAUUAAUUGAUUUUAGUUUGCUUAAUGGACUAAUUAGAAAAUUCCUCCUUGACUUCACUCCAGCCUAUUGACUAGUUUUGUUACCAUCAUUACCUUGAGUAAUGAGAACAGAUUGUUAACUAUUAAUGUCAUUAGUCUUAUGUUGUAAUAUAAUUGUACAUAGACCUACAGAAGCUCUAUUAUUGGUGUGAAUGUAUGUAGAUUAUUUUAGUACAUUGUAGCCAAAGUGAAAUUACUGUAACACAAUGUGUAGGGAAGGCUUUCUUUUCAUGUUAGUUAUGUCAGAAUUGUUUGACUUAGUACAAAUUUCAAAUGUUUUUUUGAGCUCCAGGCCAACAUUUACACGUUUUAGCACCUGUCUUGCCUUUUUCACAAUUUCAUGUCAAAGCAGAGUGUGCUGGUUUCCUGUAAACCCAGUUUUAUAAUCACUGAAGAAACAUGAAUGAAUAGACAUAACUUUGUGGAUAAAUAAAAACAAGAAAGUUGAUAAAUAA